GCUGUGCUUGCUCAGUCACCACAGAUUUCUCGCUGCUCAAUUGUAACGAAACCAAUCUUCAGCUUUUACAUCUUGCAUACUGCACUGUCAUGGCCUGUUUUCUCCCCUCCAGCAGGGCCCCCGGUCCUAUCCGCCUUGAAGACUCUUUGUCUGAUAUUAUCCUCGAGAAAUCGACCAAUCUUGAGCUCCCGACCUAUGACACUCUCGAUGGUAGCGAAGAGCUCGAACAGCGCCUGAAAGCACUCAAAGACGAAAUUCAGGAUGCAAAGGUCGAUUGGUACAUAGUACCGAGUGAAGAUGAACACCAAUCUGAAGAAGUAGGAGAUUCGGAGAAGCGCCGUCAGUACAUAUCAGGCUUCACAGGUUCAGCCGGUACCGCUCUCAUCCCCUCCUCGACAUCUCAAUCAGCGCUCUUGUUCGUCGACUCGCGAUACUGGAUACAAGCAGAACAACAAGUACCCAAAGGGUGGAAAGUGGUCAGAGUCGGGUCAAGUAGCGGGGGAGGAAGUGGGAGAGCGGAUGCACAGAGUGGCUGGAUGGACUGGGUCGUGAACAAGCUGGAAGACGGGUCAAGAGUUGGGAUCGAUCCGAAACUCAUAUCUCUGGACCUUGUUCACUUGAUCCAAUCGCGCCUGUCAUCAAUAGACUCUUCCAUCACCCUCGUUCCACUGUCGACCAACCUCAUCGACAAAAUUCGCAAUGUCCCUGCCCGUUCCCUUGGCCCUAUCAGCCCCUACCCUCUCGCUUUGUCAGGGGAAGAUACGCCUUCCAAACUCUCUCGUGUUCGAAAGGCCAUUUCGCAGGCUGUGGGAGGGAAUAGGAAGAGCAAAGUAAAGGAAUGGGUGUAUAUUCUACCUACAUUACCUGCUAUCGCCUGGCUGCUCAACUAUCGUUGUCCUUCGGAUAUACCCUUCUGUCCGGUAGCUUAUGCCUAUCUCGUCCUCACACCGUCCCAGUGUGCUGUAUUUGUGGAUAAGCGUAAAGUUGAGAAUGAGCUAGAUGAGAGAUGGAAAGGGGAAGAUGUUGAAGUGAGAGACUAUGGAGUUGAAGAGGUAGGGAAAUUUGUGAAGGCAUUCGUAAAUGAGAAUUCAGAGGAGAGAAACGUAAGGGUAUUUAGCCCUGCAGAGUGCAGCUGGGCUCUAGCCGAGGCAUGUUCACCUUCCAAAAUAGCCACCAUCACUUGUCCCGUAGACGUCCUUAAAGCAGUGAAAAACCCUGUCGAACAGCAAAACUUUCGUAAUGCAUACCUCAGGGACGGACGGGCCAUGGUCAGAUGGUUGGCAUGGCUGGAGAAGAUGUUGCUCAAGAACGGGAAAAAGGUUGGAGAAUGGGCUGCUGCCCAAGGCUUGACAAGAGAAAGGAGAAAGGAAGACUACUUUGCCGGCCUUGCGUAUGAGGACAUCUCUGCUUCUGGUCCUAACUCUGCUUUGCCACAUUAUGCUCCUCAGCGAGGAAAGGACAGGUUGAUUGACCCGGAUACCACUUAUCUGAUCGACUCUGGAGCACAAUAUCAGGACGCGACCAUUGAUACCACUCGCACUUUUUACUUUGGCUCUACCCCUUCCCCCGAGCUCAAACGCGCAUAUACCCGGGUGCUUCAAGGACAUAUCGCAGUCAGUAUGGCCAAGUUCCCUAGAGGCAUGCCGGGGGAUAGGUUGGGCAUGCUUGCGAGGAAAGCGCUUUAUGACGAUGGAUUAGAUUUUGGGCAUGGAGUAGGUCAUGGGAUAGGUUCGUAUCUCGGCGUACAUGAAAACCCGAUGUACUCGCACGAUAUCGCCUUUAAACCGGGUCAUAUUACCACUGUCGAGCCUGGAUAUUACAAAGAGGGAAAGUGGGGUAUCCGAAUUGAAUCGGUCUUGUUAUGUAAACAAGUCGAGACUCCAGAGGACGGGGAAGCAUCUCAGUUCCUUGAAUGGGAACGAAUCACUCAGGUGCCAAUCCAAACUUCGCUCGUUGAUUGGUCGCUUAUGGCAAAGUACGAGAUGCGCUGGCUGAAUGAACACAAUAAAACAGUUCAAGAAGCUUUGGAGCCGCUUUUGCAGGGUGAUGAGGAUGCAGAAGCUAGGGAAUGGUUGAAAAAGGCUUGCAAACCCCACAAGGUUUGGCCUUGGGAUGGAGUGUAGGUUAUUAUGGAUACAAUUGAGACUUUUGUGUACGAAAGAAACCUUUUUUGGGGGGGGAUCAUGACUAAAAUGUGUCCUAUGCAUACUGAAUC